CUUCUGUCGUUUCCCCUUUCCUUUUUAUUUCUCCCUUUCGUUUUUUUUCUCCUUCGCCUUUAAUUUUUAAUCCGUUUCUGUAGGAGGGUAAAAUGACCCUCCCCUACUCUCGCCCAGGACCACCCCCAUCAAUUAUUAGUCCGGUUAAAGCUCCAAAGGCAGGAGUCGUGGUGGUAACGGGCUAUAAAGUUCUGAUCAUUUCGUCCCCACCCGCCGGUCCAGCACUGUGCGUGUGAGCGAGUGCACCAUCACGCCCCUGGGCGAUAUAGUGAGUGUGGGAGUUGCGCGAUUUUUCUCUUCGGACAGUCGCGAGUCGCUCUCGAAGGAUAUAUAUCCAUUGCGGCAGAAUCAGCGGGCGUCCAGGAUGCGGGAAAAGCAUUCACACAAAAGAGAAUCUCUGGACACAGCCAUUCGUGCAAGAUGCAAGAUUUGCAGUCGAUUGUGUUGUGAAUGAAGUGUCUUAAGCAGUUAAGAAGUGGUGUUCAGAGGAUAUAAAAUAGCAAAAAGGGAGAUUGUAGAGGAGCGUCAGCUGACUAGAAAAUCGGUCGGCAUCCUUCUUGGAAUUCUGGACUCCAACAGAAAACUUCCAAAAUCUGCUUUCUUGACCUUCUUUUGAGAGUGGCUUUAGCUUUAGGAACAAAUGCUUUGCUUCAAACUUGGAAAGCAAUCAAAUGUGUAUUAGACGUUACUGUUCUCUGAGCCUGGAGCUCAAGUAUCCAACGGCAUUUUGUGCAAGGUCGAUGUGAACUUGUAUUCUGGAGGUGAGCUGGUACUUUUCAUCAAUUGCGCAAACUCUCCCGGCGGCAGAGCGUGAUUCUCCCAAACGUUCGGGUCAUUAUGGAAGAUGUUUCUCCUUUAUUGGACUCAACAUCUGCCUGCGUGGGUUUCUGGCACGUACAGAUGGCCCCCUAAAGUACUCACGAUGGUGACCCGAACAGUCCAUGGGAGUAGACAGAUUGGAGCAAGAUCACAUUGCACUAAGUAAACACUACUGAGCUUCUCUAAGACACGAGCCGCGAUGGUUAAGCCACGCGCAGUAUCUCGGCUCACCCACACGUCUCGUCGCACGCGUGCGUGCCCAUGUCUCAAGCCUACUCCUCGCCGCGCUCACACUUCUUCUUCCGUAUUUCUGAUGUUGCUGCUCACACAAACUACAGCCAUGAUCGGCGCUGUUGGGACAGCAGAGAGAACGCCACGAGAGAAUGUCGCGAGGACGGCACAUGGUACUUUGAUGCUCACCACAAUCGGUCUUGGACUGACUACAGCUUCUGCACCAACCGUGACCCGGAUGUUCCAGUGGAAACAGCUGGAGACUUUGUCAAGGCCCAUAUGGAUCGUAUCCGACUGAUGUACAAUGUUGGCUAUGGAAUUUCUCUGGUCUCCUUGGUGCUCUCCGUCUUCAUUAUGAUCGGUUUCAAGAAACUACACUGCCCUAGAAACACCAUUCAUCUGAAUCUCUUCUUCUCAUUCAUCCUCCGAGCCUCGUUCUCAUUUAUGAAAGAGAAUCUUUUGGUCCAAGGUCUGGGUUUCCCCUCUGACGUCACCAGGCCGAGCGAAGAUGGGCCGUUCAUCUUCAAAAAUGGAAGCACUCAUUGGGAAUGCAAGCUGUUCUUCACAUGUUUCCACUACAUCCUGGGCGCCAACUACAUGUGGAUCUCCGCCGAGGCCCUGUACCUGCACAUUCUCAUCUCCGUGGCAGUGUUCUCGGAGAGAAGUACCAUCAAGUGGUACAUCCUUUGUGGCUGGGGUUCCCCGAUGUUGUUCGUGCUGCCUUGGGUCAUAGUCCGAGCGAUCUUGGAAGAUGUCUACUGCUGGAAUACUCAUCCAACCCCGGGUUAUUUCUGGAUCAUGCGUGGACCCAUUGUUCUCUCCAUUGUGGUGAACUUUGUCUUUUUCCUCAACAUUGUGCGCGUGCUUUUUACCAAACUCAACGCCGUCAACUCACCCGAGGCAAAGAAAUUCAGGUACAG